UUCCAACUCAAUCUGAUUGUUUCCUGUCCAACAUGGCUACCAGGUGGGGAAUCUGCAGCUCGGGGAAGAUCAGUCAUGACUUCACUGUGGCUCUGAAGACCCUUCCUCCUGAAGACCACCAGGUUGUGGCUGUGGCAGCUCGUGAAUUAGAGGAUGCACAGCAGUUUGCCACAAAGCACAGCAUCUCCCGAGUUUACGGCAGCUAUGAGGAGCUGGCCAGAGAUCCAGACAUAGAUGUUGUGUACAUUGGAGUUAUCCACCCCUACCAUCUGAGCACUUGCCUCCUCUUCACAAAUGCCAAGAAGAACGUGCUGUGUGAGAAGCCGCUGGCCAUGAACACCAAGAAGAUGAAGGAGAUCCUGUCCUCUGCCAAGAGGAAUGAUGUCUUUCUCAUGGAGAUGUACUGUCCAUUCUGUGGGUCCAGCGUGACAGCUCCCCAUGGCUUUUGUGGUGUCUGUGGCGGAGACAUCACAUUUCUAAAAGAUGUGGCUAACAAAGUCCCUGAGGAGAUGCCCACCACUAGUGCACAUCUAAGUGUACAGCCUAGCACCAGUGCAGUGUCCUUAUAUGGGGAAAAGAAACAGAAAAUAGUGAAGAUUUCUGUUGGAGUAAUGAGGAUGAUGGAUGGCUGCCUUAGACCUGUGAGAGGGACGUUACUUCCUCUUGAUGUUGAACCUCAAUGGUCAUGUCAAGAACUGUUGGCUGCUGCCAUAAAAAAGCAGAAAGCUUUUAAACAGGUCGUGGAAGAUGGUGCCCAUGUUUUGUUGUACCCUGAUGCGAGUGAGAUUACAAAUAUACCCGGAACGGACAUCCCUUUCACAGUGGAGAUGUACAAAAAGACCAGUGGAAAGCCCUACCAACGAAUUAAGUUGUACAUCUGUACUGUUGAAGACUUUGAAAACAAUUGUUACACUGGAACAACUUCAAGUGAAGAGGACGGUGUGGUCCGUGUACAUUUGCCGUUCCAAAUGUUCCGAUAGAGAGCACUCCAAGAAUGGACAACAGUUUGCCAGGAAAAACGAACAGGACUCCUCAGAGACAUCCUGAUGUUCUCAACAGGAUUAAACACCCUGCCACGGUCUGGAAUUCAGCUGAGACCCCAAUUGAGUUUUCAGCGGACAUCUCGCUUUCCAAUCGGCAGAACCUGCUCAAACACAAUUGAAAUACCGAUGUCAAGCACCUACGAACACUUUGAAAGCAACAUGGACUUUGGAAUCCAAAAUUCGCCUGGUUUUGGACUUUAUUGAAAGCUGGACUUACAAUUUACAAAUUAGCCAUGUUCUUCAUGUUUAUAUGGUUCGCAACACAGGACUCCCAGGUCAAGGGUUGCAUUAGACCACUCGUUCUUUGAAGGUUCUCAAAUUGUUCCUGGAAGUGGUCGUCUCCACAUGGACUGUUGGUCGAGUCCAGAACAAACUGGCCCAAGUCGUCUUGUGGGACUGGGAACCCACGGUCAGUUCCACCGUACCUGGAUGUGAAAUAUGCACACAAACAGUUUAUUAUUCACAUGUAUAAAAUUGUUCUUAAAAUGUUGUUUUGUUGUUGAACUUGUUUGAAAAUUAAAAAAGUUUCUGUCACAUAA